AUGGCCGACGAACGUCCCGCAUCUCCCACGCCCGAAGAGCGCGCGAAGCUCGACAAAGAAGCGAAAGCGAAGGAGGAGGCCGAGCAAGCUCAGCUGCCGUACAAAUGGACUCAGACGAUUGGUGAUCUCGACAUCACCGCAGUCUUUCCUGCCAACAUCAAAGGCAAAGACCUCGAUGUGAAAAUCACCAAGACAAGCGUGAAGGCUGGCAUUAAAGGCCAAGAGCCCAUCAUUGAUGUGAGAAGCCCUCUUCAAGAUUAUCCCUACUUUUCUAAUGUGCGCGCGGGACAGGGCACUCUCCCACACUCUAUCGCCGUCGACGAUUCCACCUGGACACUAGAGUCCAUUUCCUCUGGUAAAGAGCUCUCCAUCCACCUCGACAAAGUCAACAAGAUGGAGUGGUGGGCUCACGUCGUCACCUCCGCACCGAAGAUCGACACGUCCAAGAUCACACCCGAGAACAGCAAGUUGUCCGAUCUGGACGGGGAGACACGGAGCAUGGUGGAGAAGAUGAUGUACGACCAGAGACAGAAGGAGGCGGGACAGCCGACGAGCGAUGAGCAGAAGAAGAUGGAAAUGCUGAAGAAAUUCCAAGCCCAACAUCCCGAGAUGGACUUCUCCAAUGCCAAGAUCAGUUGA